AUGAGUAGAUCAACAAGAGACAUUGGCGGCAGACUGAAGAAGACGGGCGUGACCGAGAUCAAGCUCACAGGCAACUACACAAGAGCAGACAUCGAACGAAUCGCGCAGCGAGACAGCAACACGCUCCAACGCUACGGUGCCAACGCCAGAAUUGAGGUCGUGCUCGACUACGGCAAUCAUCAGUAUCGAUCAGGCAGGUUCACCAAGGUAGGCGAGCCGAUCAUCAUGUUUGAUCCUCACGAGUACGAUGGCGCGCCCAUCACAGAGCCUGACACAUUCAAAUCGUUCUACAUCUACGUACAUCAAACAAAGGGAAAGGCAGGUGGCUGCGACGGUGAAUGGAGCAACUGCCUCUACCACUGCCUCCACGAUGCCUACCCAGACCAGGUGACAGAGCACUACGGCAAGCCAUCACAACUCAAGAAGGACCUAAAGCUCAAUGUCGAUCAGAAGGUCUCUAUCAAGCGGAUCCCAGAACUCGAGGACAGGCUCAACAUCAAAAUCAACGUCAAAGGUGAUCACUGCUACGCCUCGCCCAGCAAGGCAACAAGAGAGGUCAACCUAAUACUAACCAACGGUCAUUACAAACUAGACAAGGAAGGCACUUAUGCAGGCAAGGGCAUCAGAUACUCUCGACACAACGAGCGAGAUGUCUACAUCAAGCCAAUCGUAUUCAAGUAUCUCAAAGGAGAACAGGUGCAGCUCUACGAUGACGACGAGUACAGCACCAUCACAUUGCAACAGUUUAUCGACAAGAAGAGACGCAAGUACCAAGACAAAUGCGAGACAGAACAUCCAAAGGCUGCGAUCAAGCUGUUCCUCUCGUACAACAAAACUGUCAAACCAGAGCCCAUCGGUCAGAUGGAGGGCGAGUGGAUAUCAAAGGCAUCAGGUGGCCCAUUGAUGAUGGCAAUUCAACAUGUUGGUGCUCUCUUCAAAUAUGACGUCGCUAGGAUGUAUGCAGCCAUCUUGAGAAGCAGUGGCUUCAUGAUCCCAAUCAAGUGUGGCGAGUUCCAACAUCUGACCAACGAGGAGCUGAGCGCAAUGAAAUCAAUCCCAUUCGGUAUCUACCGCGCCACCAUCGUUGGCACUCAUGGCGCCUUCAAGCACAACAAGAACAACUACUACACUCACUACGACCUCAUCUUUGCCAAGGAGCUAGGGCUGACAUUCAACCUCAAGACUGGCAACAAGGCCAACGCGCUCAUCUACGACAGCAGCUGCAGGAAGUUUGGCUCCGAUUUGUUUGGCAAGUACAUCGAUCAGGUACUCGGCUGGAUAGAUUCAUGUGAGCCCAAAUCUAGACUAGAGCAGCUCUGCAAGUGUCUCUAUCAACGUCUCUGGGGCGCUCUCUCCAAGCGCAACAAGACCAAGCAAUGCGUCAACAUGGAGUGCGACGCAGAGGUGAUAGAGACCAGCGACGGACAGAGAACGAUCAAGCACAUUGAUAUCAACGUUGACGAGUACUACUCAAUCGAUCGCAUCACUCCAACAGCCAAUGGCAACGCGAUGGUCAAGUCGGCCUGCAACACCGACAUGUUCGACACACCAUUCGCUCGCAUCAUGCCAUUCAUCAUCUCUCGUGGUCGCAAGAUGAUUGGAACGAUAAUAAAGGACGACAUUGACUGCAUCAAGCGCGUGCACACUGAUGGAUUCGUCUCGACCAAACCAUGGACACAGAAGACAGGCAAGAAAUCAAUCGAUUACCCCAAGUUGGGCAAGGCGUGUGGCGACCUGCGAUAUGAGGGAUACUGUCCCAACACCAGAGUCAAGAACAUGACCAAGCCAGUUGGAUCGUUCGCCAUUGGGAUAUGGCAAGGCGAAGGAGAGUUUAAAAUAUAG